UCAAAGAGGAAAGGUCUUGAGACGAAUGUUUAUUUCCGGCUCGCGGCGGGCUGCUUGCGUUAAGCUGAGCUCAUCCUUAGGCGAACGUCUUUUUUGUCUAAAAGCAAUGGUGCUGCUGGAAAACGACUCGUUUUUAACAGAACUCACCCGUCUGUUCCAGAAAUGUAGAACAAGUGGAAGUGUUUAUAUCACACUGAAAAAAUAUGAUGGAAGGACAAAACCAGUCCCAAGGAAAGGCCAUCCAGAAACAUUUGAACCAGCAGACAAUAAAUGUCUCCUCCGAGCAACUGAUGGAAAAAAGAAGAUCACUACAGUGGUGAGCUCUAAGGAAGUUAUAAAAUUCCAGAUGGCGUAUUCUAAUCUUUUAAGAGCUCAUAUGGAUGGGCUAAAGAAGAAAGACAAAAAGAGCAAAAGCAAGAAGUCCAAAGCUACCCCAUGAAGACAAUCCAGUCAACACUACGUGCUCACUUUAGAAUUCACAUACAAGAUUAUCAAGACGGGGAGUUGUGGGAAGCAGGUUAGCGGAAUAAUUUUCAAGAGUUAAAUGAUUGUGACCCCUACACCAAGUGAUUGAAAUUGAUGUCUGACAUUUAAUUCGAUGCAAUGACUGUUUGGCUGAAAAUGCAUUACAAAUUGAAGGCAGGAGUUAAUUUGCAGCCAAAAUAUUAUCAAAUGCAAUUCAGAAACUACUGGCGUGUUUAAUCACUGACUAUGAAGUUUCACUUGGUAUGAUAAAUUCAAAGGUUGUCCUUAAUGUUACCGAGUAAACCAUUGAUCUACAGCUGGAAGUCUGGCAGUAGAAGAACUGUCCCUCAGGAACAUUGUGUCGCCUUGCUGAAGUCCAAGAGAAAGAGCUUCUAAAAAUUCAAACUGUAAGACUGUGUCACUAAAAUGUGUUUUUGGGCAAUGUUUAUGUUCCUGAUUUUAUAAAUUUUAAGCCUGACAGUGUUAUUACAUUACCAAGAUGCAAGUGUGUCAAAGUUGUUAAUUUUUCAGCUGCUGUCUCCUUGGAAAAUAGUGAUCUUUUCAAAUGGAUUAAAAAUCUUACCUUUACUUUGACAAAGAAUUUCAGUUAAUGCUUUCUUGUGUUGAAUAUUAAAAUGCUAAUUUUGCAAAGUAUAUUUGUUAGUUUUUGUUGUUUAAAUAAACAUUUAAUUUAUAAAAUUA